AUGGGCUCUAGGAAUCCGAAUGGCACGGUACAAGUGACAGAGUUCAUCUUAAUUGGAUUCCAACUUCCUAGGCCCAUAGCACUCUUUCUUUCUUCAUUGCUUCUGGUCGUGUUUUUCUUUACCUUAGCUGGGAACCUCACAAUUAUCACUCUGGUGAGUGUGGACCAACGCCUCCAAACCACCAUGUACUUCUUCCUCUGCAACCUCUCCUCACUGGAGAUCUUCUUUGUCCUGAGGGUCAUUCCCAAGAUGCUGGUGAACCUGGUUUCCUUGAGGAAAUCUAUCACGUUCCUAGCCUGCGUCAUUCAGUGCUAUUCUUAUUUCUUCCUUGGUAGCUGUGAAAUCAUCCUGAUUGCCGUGAUGGCCUUUGACCGCUACAUUGCGAUCUGUCAUCCACUGCACUACACCAUCAUCAUGAACGGCCGUGUCUGUGUGAAUUUGAUACUGGGCUGCUGGAUUGGUGCUUUCAUGAAUAAUUUGGGGCCCAUGAUUCUCCUGAGCCAACUGUCCUUCUGCGGCUCUAAUGUUAUCGAUCACUUCUUCUGUGACUAUGCUCCAGUGAUAAAGCUUUCUUGCAAUGAUGUAGAGAUCCUCCUGGCUCUUGAGGCUAUCCUCUCUGCACUGAUGUUACUCAGUUCCUUGUGUGUAACUCUUGUCUCUUACCUCUACAUAAUUGUCACUGUCUUGAGCAUGCAGGCCAGGGGCAGCCGUAGGAAGACAUUUUCAACCUGUGCCUCUCAUCUCACAGUGGCCUCCAUCUUCUAUGGCAGUGCCAUCUUCAUGUACUCUUUGCCCAGCCAGGGUCGGUCUCGGGAUGUCCAGAAAGGAGUGGCAGUUCUUACUGCGGUGGUUACCCCAUUGCGGAACCCUUUUAUUUACACUCUGAGGAACGAGAAGAUCAAAGAUGCUUUCUGA